AUGAAAAGCUUUAAUGCCUCGUAUAUAGCAAUGGUGGUAGUUCAAAUUGCAUAUGGUGUAUCAAAUAUUCUCAUGAAACUAGCCCUUCAGAAAGGACUUAAUCCGAUUGUUUUUGUGGUUUAUCGCCACUUAAUAGCUAUUCUUGUUUUAAGCCCUUUUGCAUAUAUUUUUGAAAGGAAAACACGACCAUCUCUCUCAUUUCGUAUGGCAAUGAAGAUAAUCUUGCUUUCAUCCAUGGGGACGACAGUCCAUCUGAAUCUAUACCAUACUGGUCUUGAAUAUACUUCCCCAACGGUUGGAAGCGCCUUGAGUAACGUCAUGCCCAGUUUGACAGAAAUGGAAACAGUGAAACUCGACAGUAACAGAGGUAAAGCUAAGCUGUUUGGAACACUGGUUUGCAUUGGUGGAUCAUUUAUUUUUACCUUUUGUAAAGGAAAACGCUUAUUCACAAGUUUUAAGCAGAAGCCCUUAAUCCAGCUCUAUGACACUGAAGGGAAUCAUAAGGAAAAUUGGGUCAAGGGUGCACUCCUUAUACUAAUUAGCGAGGUAGCAUUGAGUGCAUGGAUCAUUCUCCAGAAAUCCACACCUAUGGAAGCUAGAUUGGAAUGUACAGCUUUUGGCCAUUGUAUAUUGUGGAGUUGUGAUAUUAGCAUUAGUAUAUUGGCUGCAAACAUGGUGUAUCAAUCAGUGAAUAUGACUUCUGGAACUGCAAAUGCAAAUGGGGAAUGCCUUGGUUGGGCAGCUAGAGAUCCUUCUGGAAUUCUGUCUCCAUACAAAUUCAGCCGAAGGGCUGUGGGGAGCGAUGAUGUUUCACUAGACAUCGCAUACUGUGGAGUUUGUUAUGCUGACGUAGUUUGGAACCGGAACUAA